CCCCACUGUUCCUCCGUCUGGGAACGGAAAGGAGUAAUAGCGAUAGACAGAGGUUCUAAACAGAGUCUUCCCGACGUUUUCUCUCUUUAUUUUUCCACGCCUGCAACCACUCCGUCUCAGAAACUCUAUCGCGAUUAAUAUCAGGUGAUUAGAGACUGGAGACGGAGAAGAAAAGAAUAAUCUAUGGAGGGAGACGCAGGAAAAGAUUUGGAAUGCCAGAAGAUUAUGGAUGGGAAGGUGACUAGAAACAAUGGCCCAGCAAAAACUAUUCCUUCUUGUUGUAUGAAGGCAAUGACUUCGGCUCCUGAGCUUGAAGCAAAAUGCCAUGCAACAGUAGUUUCAGGGUGGUUCUCUGAAUCUCCAUCACGGGAGGCUGGAAAUUUGCUUUAUUUCAACAACCCCAUGUGGCCUGGGGAAGCACAUUCUCUAAAAGUAGAAAAAGUUUUGUACACUGGGAAGUCAGAAUUCCAAGAGAUUUUGGUUUUUGAGUCGUCAACAUAUGGGAAAGUGCUUGUGCUUGAUGGGAUUGUUCAGUUGACUGAGAAAGAUGAGUGUGCUUACCAAGAGAUGAUUGCCCACCUUCCCCUUUGUUCGAUUCCAUCCCCCAAAACUGUUUUGGUUGUAGGUGGUGGUGAUGGCGGAGUUCUUAGAGAAAUCUCUCGCCAUAGCUCAGUGGAGCACAUUGAUAUUUGUGAGAUAGAUAAGAUGGUCAUUGAUGUGUCCAAGAAGUUUUUUCCAGAUUUAUCUGUUGGAUUUGAAGAUCCUCGUGUCCAACUUCAUAUUGGCGAUGCUGCAGAAUUUCUACGAAAUGCACCUGAAGGAAGGUAUGAUGCAAUUAUAGUAGACUCAUCGGAUCCUGUAGGUAUGCUAUUAUUUAUAUUUCAUGUCUCAUUUUUUGCUCUUGUAGAAAAGCCAUUCUUUGAUACAGUAGCAAGAGCAUUGAGGCCUGGUGGUGUUCUUUGUAACAUGGCAGAGAGUAUGUGGCUUCAUACUCAUCUUAUUCAAGAUAUGAUCUCUAUAUGUCGUGAAACAUUUAAGGGAUCUGUCCAUUAUGCUUGGGCAAGUGUUCCUACAUACCCAAGCGGUGUGAUUGGCUUUCUGUUAUGUUCAAAGGAUGGGCCACCUGUUGACUUUUUAAAUCCUGUUAAUCCUAUUGAGAAGCAGGAAGGUGCUGCCAAAUUCCGGAGGGAACUCAGGUUCUAUAACUCAGAAAUCCAUUCAGCUGCCUUUGCAUUACCAUCAUUUGUGAAGAGGGAGGUGUAUGCUCUUUGUGAUUCUCCAACCUCAGCACAGGGUAGCUGUGUUUUGUAGCUAAUUUGUUGGUCUGCAUUUUCCAUUUCUUUUGAAGAGAAAAGAAGUGUUCCUAUGUGAAGAAAUAGCAUCAAAAUAGUAAUUUGAAUUAGACUUGCUCCUUUAUGUAGAUGGCUUUGUACUCUGCCUUGAUGGCUUAAAUAUAACUUGUGUUUUUUCUUGUGUA